GCAACCCUACCCCUGCUGAGAUUGCUGAAGACAGGGCCAGAAGGUCAGAGAUCUAGCUUCCUGAGGCACAAGGAUCAUGGAUUCCCCACACCCACGGGAGGAAGCCUGGGGCGCCUGUCAUUCAGUGCUGCCUUGGGUGGAGUACCCUCGAUGCCCGGAGGACCCUUCCUGUCACCGCCCCACUCCAUGCAGCAUCCUUCAUUGCAAAAUUGCCCAGAAGGGAAGUGAGGGAGGUUGGUGGGAGGAAGAGACGUGGGGAGAGGACUAGGGUUCGUCAGAGAAGGAAAGAGAGUGACAAACCAAGGUUAUAUAAACUCGCAGAGGCCGCGAAAGAGUUGGGAACCACCCGCGCGCGGAGCCUGGAAGCCAGGGCUCCAGGCUACAUAGCAAAGAAGCCGCAAACUUCCUUGAGCUUUCAGCUGGUGCGGGGGCUCUGCAGACCUAUCGGCCAUGAAGCGCGCGCCUUGCCUGCUGCUGCUGCUGACCGUGGUGCCGCUACUGCGAGCCUCGGAGGACACGCCAGAGCCCUGCGAGCUGGACGAUGAAGAUUACCGCUGUGCCUGCAACUUCACGGAUCCGGAGCCCGAUUGGGCCAGCGGUUUACAGUGUAUGGUUGCCCUUGAGGUGGAGCUCCGUGCCGGUGGCCGCAGCUUGGAGAAGCUUCUAGAGCGCGCCGACAUGAACCCACAGCAUUACGCUGACGUAGUCAAGGGUCUGCGCUUACGGAGGCUCACUGUCGGCGCUGCCCGGGUUCCUGCCCGGCUCCUGUUCGCCGUCCUGCGUGCGCUCGGUUAUUCCCGCCUUAAAGAACUGACGCUCGAGGACCUAGAGGUAACUGGCUCGUCGCCGCCGCCGCUUCUGGAAGCCACCGGGCCUGCACUCUCCACCCUCCGCCUCCGCAAUGUGUCGUGGGCGACCGGGGGUGCCUGGCUCGCUGAGCUGCAGCAGUGGCUCAAGCCUGGCCUCAAGAUACUGAGCAUUGCGCAAGCACAGUCGCUGGCCAUUUCCUGCGAACAGCUCCGCGCCUUCCCGGCACUCACCACCCUAGACCUGUCGGACAACCCUGGACUGGGCGAGCGCGGGCUGACCGCCACCCUCUGUCCGCACAAGUUCCCGGUCCUCCAGGAACUCGCGCUGCGCAACUCGGGGAUGGAGACGCCUACCGGCGUGUGCACCGCGCUGGCGGCGGCCGCUGUGCAACCCCACCGCCUAGACCUCAGCCGCAACGCGCUGCGCGCCACCGCACACCCCGGCGCACCCCGGUGCACCUGGCCCAGCAAGCUGAGCUCUCUCAACCUGUCCUUCGCUGGGCUGGAGCAGCUGCCUAAGGGACUGCCGGCCAAGCUUAGCGUGCUGGAUCUCAGCUGCAACAGGCUGAACAGGGCGCCACGGCCAGACGAGCUGCCCGAGGUGGGAAACCUGACACUGUUCGGGAAUCCCUUUUUGGACCCUGGAGCCCCUAAACCCCACGAGGACCUUCUAAACUCCGGCGUGACCCGAAUCUGUGCGCAUUCGCCCCUGGCCGUAGGAAUUCUGGCGCUUCUCCAAAGGGUCCGGAGCUUAGCUUAAGACCAGGCAAGAAGAGUGAAUGAGUUAGGUUGCCCUGACUUAGGGAGAGGCCUGUCAGGACAUCUCGGCCAACCAAUCCUCUGUCCCACUGUAGUAAAAUCUUAAGCAGUGUGCCCGUGUCGUUCAUUCAACAGAUUCUGCUGAUGUCUGCUAUGUGCUGGGCACAGUAUGGGGGGAAGGGCGAGGGGGAAUUCAUCAUACUUAGACGUCCUUCAUCCUAACUUCCUAGGUGCCUUACCCCUCUUCAUCAAAGAAAGAACUUCAGGAUCAGAAGGGGCAGGGGAACGGUCUUUUGGCUAAGGCUGGCAGAGGGGAAGACAAUACUUCUAGAAUGUGUGCGUAUUGGACCUUUCUAAGCAGAUUACUGACACC